AUGCUCACUUCUCAACAUUGGUAUUGUCCGUUCAGUCCCGAUAAUAUCGUUCUGGCCAAGUGGUGGCUUCUUUCCGACAAUCAUCUAGCCACGACGCUAUUUUUCACGAUCGUCACACAACAACAACUGGCAGCUUGGGUCUUCAGCUUCGGAUCUCGAUAUCGAGCCUCUGGAUAUUUACUUACUUCUUGUGGUACGAAUGUGAUGGUGCUGCCGGAUAUUCCCAUGCCACUGACGUUUAGAGUGCAGUACUUUGUGCUACUGGUUGGCAACGUAAUAACAGCUAUCCUGUUCGAAUACUAUGUAGUAUUGGGGCCUGUACGGGCUGGUUAA